GACCUCGCCAAAAACGCGUCCUAAUUUGUUCAAAGAAUAAACACUUUCAUAUUUUUUUCCAAAGGAAAAUCACCCUGAUGGACAAAGCUACACCUACGGACGAUUUAACCAGGCGUGCAGGUUUGUAGGGUCUAGGCCGCGGCCACCGCAGUCCGUCUCCUUCUCCACGCCCAAUUCGUCACCUAUAAAAAGGGCACCACCUCCCUCCCGUGGCCGCCCUCUUUAUUUCCGCGGAACGGCGGCGUGCGGGACUUCGUUUAUUGCGCCUUUCCUUUCCCCAUGGCGGAGUACGGAGAGGAGGACCUCGCCGUCGCGGCCGCCAAGAUUCUGCUCAGCCUCCGGAGCAGGAAUCUCGUGCGGUGGCCGGAGUGGAUCGCCCGGCCGUCCGACGGUCUCCAGCGGCCAGAGGAGGAGGAGGAGGCCGAGCUGCCGCCGAUCCCGGAGGGAUGGCCGAAGCGGCCGCGGUCGCGGCUGCGUGCGCGGGCGGAAGGAACCGCGUGGCCUCUGUCGCUGAAGAGCCCCUUGGCGCGGCCGGGGCGCCCCGUUCUCGGCGGAUCCGGCGCGUGUUCCGGCGAGGAGGAGGAGAGGGCGUGGUCUGCCCCGAAGGCGAAGCGCGUGUCUUUCACCGCGCGGAGGCCGGAGGUACCGCCGCACUACUUCUCGUGCUCGGCAGCCGGAUCCGGCCCUUCCACCAGCGGCGCCGACCGCGCGCGGUCGCGGCGACGGGCGCGCCUGAGCGAGAAGGCGAGUGCCGCCAGGGCAAAGUCGAGCCCGGAGACGCCCUUCGACUUCGCCAACGCCGCCGGAUCAGGAGCGUCCUCGAGCGGCGACGAAGCGGCGCGGCCGACGGCGGCGCAGGGGCCUGGCGGAGGCGGAGGGCCCUCGAGCGGCAUCGAGGGGCCCGGCUCGCCGGCGAAGCGCUCGCGGACGGACCUCGCCGCCGGCGAAGCUGCGGCGGCCGCGGCUAAAGUGGAGGAGCAGAAGAUCAAGGAGGAUUACCGGGACGAGAAGGGCCACCUGCUGUUCGACCUCAACGAAGCUUGGGGUGGCAACUAAAAGUAGCAGGCGAUCGAGCAGAGGAUUUUGCUAGCUAGCAGUAGUUCCUAUUUCGUCUGCUCUCAUGUGUACAUAUAAUUGGCUUAGACAAAGGGGGAUUAGUGAGUGAGUACACUCGUCAGCACUACUAGAUUUGUCAGGUUAGUUUAAUCAGUCUGCUCUGUUCGCCUCUGCUGUGCUGUGCUAUAUGCACUGGAUAUUGUUUGUCAUUCAGAAAGUCCAUCAAGAAAAAUAUGAUGCACA